AUGGCGCGUGCAGCCCCAGGCGGCAGGUACCAGCUGUCGAUUCCCGAUCGCUUCAUAAGGUGGUCGCUGCGCAAGUCGUACAAAAAGCAGCAUCGUCUAUGGAUCGAUUCACCAUGCCGAACACGCCUGCUGACACAGCUAGAUGAGCACUGCCCCGAGGGAGGAUGGAAAAUCACGGACUGUUUCUUGCUGGCUCUCGGGUCGCUAUACAAAGGAGCUGGGACCUGGAAGAAUUGGCUGGGCAUACCAAAUAAGCGUAGACUUACACAGCUUGCCAUCUUCAUGGACAUCGCGGCACACAUCGAAUCGGGCUUUGCAGUCAUGGUCCCCCCAAUGACCGUCGAUCUCUACGCGCAAGAUCCCGCAUUCAACCCGGUCGACGAAGACUUUCUCAGAUCCCUCAAUUUCACGGUACUCAACAGUCCCGUUGCUCAGAGUAUCAUCGCACCAAACAGUCUCGUCUUCGCACCAUUCUUUGGCGACGACCACGAAAUUAUCGGCGCUGAAAGCAGCCGUCGGCCGGCGAUAUACAUCGGCCUACCACUUGAGGAGGCGUUGACCAAGUGUAGAGAAGGUCAAAGGUGCGGUCUAUUCGGGUCGAUCUCGUUCUAG